AAGGCGUCCCAGAGGAGGCAGGACCUGGAGGACUCUCUGCAGGCCCAGCAGUACUUUGCGGAUGCUAAUGAGGCCGAGUCCUGGAUGAGGGAGAAGGAGCCCAUCGUUGGAAGUCCAGACUAAGGGAAAGACGAGGACUUGGCCGAGGCUCUCCUGAAGAAGCACGAGGCCCUGAUGUCGGACCUGUCGGCUUAUGGCAGCAGCAUCCAGGCCCUGAAGGAGCAGGCCCAGUCCUGCAGGGACCUGAAGGCCAACGAGUCCCGCCUGAGGGACAUCAACAAGGUGGCAUCUGAACUGGAGUCAGAAGGUCUGAUGGCUGAGGAGGCUCCUAUGGUUCAGGCUCAGCAACAAGAACAUCUGGGUUCUGCUCCUGGAAAGGUGCAUGUUGUCCUCCGCCUCAACCAGAACCAGACGUGGUGUUUUUGUUACCACUCAUUUGUUUGUUUGUUUGUUUACAGGAUGAAGCCGACUCUUAACACGGCGUCACCCUGGAAGACCGUACGGUUGGGCGUUCAGACGACGGCUAACUUUAAUUCCAUCAAGGUAAGAGGAAGCUCUUCCCUUCCUGUCUGAGCGAUCCGUCUCCAGGUUUCCUCGUCCGGCGUCCAGCCCGCUGGCGUCCACCUUCAUCUCACCUUCAUCUCAUCUCACUUCAUUUAUAGUGCAAUACUUUCACAUUAUCAUUUUCCCACACUUCUGUAUACCUGUAUUUUGUUGUUUUUCAAUAAAGAAUGACAAAUUA